ACAAGCAAAGGCCAAGCAGUAGUAGCUAAAGCCAAAGCCUAUGCUAUUCCAAACACCACCUCCACUCUCUCUCUCUCUCUCUCUCUCUCUGCUGUGUGAUGAUUCAUUUCUAAACCCUAAUUCUCCUUGUUUUCAUACCUGCUUCAUCGUUUUUUAAGCAAUUUCCGGGCAUUGAAUAAAUGGGUUUUUGUCCAUUUCCAUUUUUCUGAAACAGCGUACUCUCAAAAAUAUCUGAUCACAUUUCUGCUUCUGCAAAUUCUGCGUUUUUUUUUUUUUCCCUUCUUUCUGGGUGUGUGUAGAACAAGGGAAUCUCUUCGAUUCCUUGUGUUUCUCUUCCAUUUCCGGUCUCAAAACAUUAGCUUUUGGACUUUCAGUGUUGCAAAUUGUUGAGGGUUUUUGUGGGGUGGUGGCUUUGAUUUCCAUGGCUGCGGUUGCUGAGAUUCCCGCUGAUGCCAACAAAAUGGACUCAAAACCUAAGGCUGAAUCUGAAUUCAGUGUUCAGAAGCUGGUUGACAUGUUCACAAAGUUGAAUCCUUUGGCGAAGGAGUUUUUCCCUUCAUCAUAUUCUCCCAAUCAUGAUCAUCGCCUUCAGGGCUUUAAUCAGCUCUCACCAACCCACUUUCUGGUCAGCACUAAGCCCUCUGCUGACGAUAAUUUCCCAAACAAUCGAAGGAGAAGAAAUGGUUUUAACCAAGGGAGGAGAAGGUUGAGUGGAAGAUCACUAAAGGCUCAGAGAGAAGAUAGCAUUAGAAGAACAGUAUAUGUUUCUGAUAUUGAUCAGCAUGUGACUGAGGAGCGACUUGCAGCCUUAUUCAGCAGUUGUGGGCAAGUAAUUGAUUGCCGAAUUUGUGGUGAUCCACAUUCAGUUCUCCGUUUUGCUUUUGUCGAGUUUGCAGAUGAGUAUGGUGCUAGGACUGCUUUAAACCUUGGUGGUACUGUGCUUGGAUACUAUCCAGUCAGGGUUCUUCCUUCAAAAACUGCCAUUCUUCCAGUGAAUCCUACAUUCCUCCCUAGGUCAGAUGAUGAGCGCGAAAUGUGUGCCCGGACUGUCUAUUGUACAAAUAUUGAUAAAAAGGUUUCUCAAGCUGAGGUGAAGAAUUUUUUUGAAUCGGCUUGUGGUGAGGUUACGCGUCUGAGGCUUUUGGGGGACCAUGUGCACUCAACUCGAAUUGCUUUUGUGGAAUUUGCAAUGGCUGAGAGUGCCAUUAUUGCACUUAACUGUAGUGGGAUGCUCUUGGGAACCCAGCCUAUAAGGGUAAGUCCUUCGAAGACUCCGGUGAGGCCAAGGGUCACUCGCCCGGCAUCUCAUUAACUGAUCAACAUGGUCCAAGACUUGAGAGAGUGGAUAUUUGAUCAACUUUCCAGUUGAGACUUGUGUAGAAGGGGUGGUGAAACUUCCCUUGUUUCAGUAUUUCCAUCUUUUUCUGUUAACAGCAGUUACUUUUUGUUGCCAGAGCUUUUAAGUAUUCUGCUCUAGUUAAACUUUCUAGCAACCAAUCUUGAUCUUAAAAAUAUUUUACCGUGUUUACAUUGAAAUGGUCUAGUUUCAGUUUUUUUGUUACUUGGAGCGAGGACUAGUUGGACUUUAA